GCCUCGCAUUGUGUUUCAGGCUGCAUGUACCAAGUAGUUCAGACGAUUGGCUUGGAUGGAAAAAAUCUUCUGCAAUUACUUCCAAUUCCUAAUUCUUCUGGAAAUCUUAUACCACUAGUUCAAUCUUCAGUCAUGUCUGAUGCUUUGAAAGGGAAUAGAGGAAAACCAGUUCACGUUACUUUUCAGACUCAGAUUUCCAGCUCUUCUACAAGUACAUCAGUUCAAUUGCCCAUUUUUCAGCCAGCCAGUUCUUCAAACUAUUUUCUUACAAGAACAGUAGAUACAGCAGAAGAAGGUAAAGUUACUUCUUUGGGAACUCAAAAUUUUACUUCAGCAGUUUCUAAAGUUCAAAGACGUGGUGUGAAAAUCGAUGGACUCACCAUGCAAACAUUUGCUGUUCCUUCCUCCUCAACACAAAAUGAUUCAUCUUAUAUUGUAGUUAAUACCCAGACUCUUCCAAUGACUGUGAAGUCUCCAGUUUUUCCUUCUGAUCAUCAUUUACAGAUUCCAGCCCAUGCUGAAGUGAAAUCUGUACCAGCGUCGUCAUUGCCUCCUUCAGUUCAGCAAAAGAUACUUGCAACUGCAACCCCAAGUACCUCAGGAACAGUUGAGGCCUCCCACAUACCAACCGUUAUUUACGUAUCUCCUGUAAAUACAGUGAAAAAUGUAGUUACAAAGAACUUACAAAACAUUUAUCCAAAACCUGUUAAAGAAAUAGCAAAGCCAGUGAUACUAAAUACCACACAAAUUCCAGUGAAUAUUGCUACAGAGAGACAAUUAAAAGGUGGUCAACAUUCUCAAGCUGCUCCAGUGAAAUGGAUUUUUCAAGAAAAUCUACAGCCAUCUCUUGUUCCUGUUAAGUCUUCAAAUAAUGUGGCUUCAAAAAUUUUAAAAACUUUUGUAGAUAGGAAAAGUUUGGGAGAUAAUACUGUAAAUAUGCCACCAUUGAGUACCAUCAGUCCUAGUGGGACACAAUCUAAAAAUAUGCCUAUUAAAGAGAAUGCUUUGGUUAUGUUUAAUGGGAAAGUCUAUCUAUUGGCUAAAAAGGGGACAGAUGUUCUGCCAUCACAAAUUGACCAACAGAAUUCUAUUUCUCCUGAUAUUCCACUAAGAAAAGACACGUUACAGAUAGUCAGUUCAAGUCCAGUCACAGAAAUAUCCAGAAAGGUUGUAAAUAUUGUUUUGGCUAAAAGUAAAUCUUCCCAGAUGGAGACAAAAUCACUUCCCAAUACCCAGCUUGCUUUCAUGGCCAAUCUAAGGGCAGAGAAGAAUAAAAAAGUUGAGAAACCAUCUCCUUCUACCACAAAUCCACAUAAUACGAAUCAAUCCAGUAACUACUUAAAACAGAGUAAGACUUUAUUCACAAAUCCAGUCUUUCCAGAUGGAUUUAGUACAGGACAAAAUGCCCCCAGAAAAGAAAAUAUCAUCCAGAGCAUAGAGAAAAUAAGUUCCUCUGUUGAUGCAACAAAUGUUACUUCACUGCAGUGGGUUUUCAGAGACCAAGAACCAAAGAUCCAGAAUGAGAUGGCAUCAACAUUAGAAAAAGAUACUAAAGAAAGAAACAAGAAAGUUUUGCAAGGAAGAAAUAAUAAGACAUCAUAUCUGAAGAGUGAUGCUGAAUUUAAAAAGAUAUUUGGUCUCACUAAAGAUUUGAGAGUGUGUCUUAGUCGAAUUCCUGACCGUUUUGGCUCUGGAGAAGGUUUUGAUUCCUUUAGCAGUUUGGUGAAAAGCAGUACUUACAAAGAUACAGAGUUUAUGGUGAAGGCAGAAGAAAGAAAACAGAGUCUUGAUAAGAAAAGAAAAGCAAAAACCAUUAAGAAGAUGGAUCACACAAAGAAGAGAAAAACUGAGAGUGCUUAUGACACAGUCAUAAAUGGGGGAACUAAUGUCACCAGUUCCCAACUCCUUAACAGUAUUUUACCAGCUUCAGAUGUAUCACAACAUAACAUUCACACAAGCCUCAGCAAGAGCAGAGAAGAAAAGAAGACUGAGAUAGAAUACUAUAUCCAUGAGAAGCAAGAGAAAGGCUCAUUGAGUUCAAAUGCAGCUCAUGAACAAAGUCAUUCCUUUAAUAAAAAUUAUGCUGAAGAUAUUUUCCCUGUGACACCACCAGAGUUAGAAGAAACCAUUCGAGAUGAAAAAAUAAGAAGACUUAAGCAGGUGCUAAGAGAGAAAGAAGCAGCUCUUGAAGAAAUGCGUAAGAAGAUGCACCAAAAAUAA